GUCCGACCCCACAACCGCGCCCGGCACCGCCGCCGCCGCGCCAGAGAAGUCUGCGGCAGCCAAGGCCUCAACGAUGGCACGUGCCAAAGAACUUGCGAGGCUUGCGAGGCUCAGAAAGAUUGAUUCAAAGAAGGUGAUGGCCCUCUUGAUUUGUCGGGGGAUGUACUGCUGGAAUCCACUGAAGGCCUUUGCAGACGAUGCAGAGAGUGAUGGGAAGGAUUCCCGCGUCUGGUCACAGAUCGAGAGCGUUUUGAACUUCUUGGAAGCAAAGGAUGAACUCCCUCAG